AUGAAGAUAAAGAAUCAUACUCCAGUAACUGAGUUCCUCCUGAUGGGAAUCCCUCACACAAAGGGGAUGGAAAAUGUGCUUUUUGUCUUAUUUCUGGCCUUCUACCUCUUCACCUUGCUGGGGAACCUACUCAUUCUUCUGGCUGUCCUCACUUCCUCCAACCUCCACACCCCCAUGUAUUUCUUCCUGGGAAACCUGUCUGUGUUUGACCUAUUUUUCCCUUCAGUGAGUUCCCCCAAAAUGAUGCUCUACUUAGUGAGACAAAGCCGCACCAUCUCUUUCCAGGGUUGUGCCUCCCAGCUCUUCUUUCACCAUUUCCUGGGUUGCACCGAGUGUUUUUUUCUGUACACUGUGAUGGCCUAUGAGCGCUUUGCAGGCUGCCACCCUUUGCGAUACACAAUCAUCAUGAACCGCAGGGUGUGUGCCCCCCCGACGCUAGGCACCUGGACGGGGAGCUGUCUGCAUGCAUCUGUCCUCACACUCCUCAUCUUUAAGUUACCCUACUGUGGCCCCAAUGAAGUGGACAAUUUUUUCUGUGAUAUUCCGGUGGUGCUGCCCCUGGCCUGCGCAGACACCUCUCUAGCACAGACAGUGAGCUUCAUCAACGUAGGUGUUGUUGUGCUCAUGUGUUUUCUUCUCAUCCUCACCUCUUACGCUUGCAUUGUUAUCUCUAUAUUGAAAAUCAAUUCCUCAGAAGGUAGGCGCAGAGCCUUCUCAACCUGCAGUGCCCAUCUGACGGCCAUCCUGCUCUUCUAUGGACCAAUAGUCCUCAUUUAUCUCCGACCUGCCUCCAGCCCUUGGUUGGACUCUGUGGUUCCGGUGUUGAAUAAUAUUGUUACUCCUUCCCUGAAUCCUUUGAUAUAUACUUUGAGAAACAAAGGUGUAAAGCUGGCACUGAGAAAGGUGCUCAUUCAAGGAGUACAUAAUUGUGGAAGGGCGUGCGACGGGGGCGUGGCUCGCUUCUUCUGUGCCCCGCUGCUCAAACCUCUAGGGGGAGCAGUGCAGUCGGGCAGCUUGUGGGGCUCCGACCUCAUGGCAGCGUCUAAGUGUGGAUGUUUACAGCUGAAGCCCCACUCUCAGCAGAUGGAUGGGGAGCCAGAAGGGGAGCGGGAAGGUGGUUUUCCCGUGGAGUCAGCUCAGCGGCGUGACUCUCUGACUGCUCCAGCUAAACUCCGCUUCGUUCCACUGGUCAAUGGCCUGCCGGCGUCUGCCGGUGCCGAACUCCGAAUUAAGGUGAAAUACCUAACAUUGGCCAGCAGAUGGCACUAUUGGGGCACCGACAACUAG